UCUAUACCAGUGACGGAGACGAUCGAAUGUUGUUACCUUGGAGGAUGCAAUCCUCAUCAUGCCCUGGCAGAAGUCAGCGCCAUAACCGCAGCGUGUCACGUUUUCUUCCACGCGGACGAGAGUCGCGUAAGAGGGUGCCGUCAGUGACCAGGUGAGUCGAAGAAGCCAAUUUCAAGACGCGUCUUCCGGAUCAGCAUGAGCCAUAUGCCUCAAGGUAAAGCAGAUGCCUCUACCUAGGUCGCCUCCUUGGCCCUAUCGAAUCUGCUGCACGAGAUGUUUCUUCUGACGCCACCGAUCAAUGGUCGGAGUACCGAAAUGUACAACGGUACUCCGAAAGUCCUCGCCUUUUCGACGAGCAUAUAAUGCGCGGUCCAUAUGCCACCGUCUGAGUAUUCCCAAACUAAUCUACACAACAGCGUCAACAUGUCUCAAAUCAACGAUCACGGAGCUGACUCGACGGACCCAUACACCAUAUUCAACACUUCACAAAAAGCCGUCAUCGUCACCAUCGUUUCUGUCGCAGCCACUCUUUCGGGGUUUGCUUCAAAUAUCUACUUUCCCAGUCUUCCUCAAAUUGCACAUGAUCUCUCCGUAUCAACAAAUCGUGUCAAUCUUACUGUUACCUGUUACAUGAUCUUUCAGGGUCUUUCUCCAACAUUAUGGGGCGCCGUUUCGGAUGCUCUAGGACGAAGGAUAACCUAUUGUUGCACAAUGGUCGUGUUUCUCGGAGCCUGCAUUGGCCUUGCCGAGACCCGAGACUUUGUACAACUGAUCGUUCUCCGGUGUGUCCAAAGCACUGGGAGCGCCAGCACGAUUGCACUUGGAGCGGGCGUCAUUGGAGACAUCACAAGGCGUGGCGAACGUGGAGGUUACAUGGGAUUUUACCAAGGAGGUGUUUUGAUGCCUGUGGCUAUUGGACCAGUCAUUGGUGGACUGCUCGCCGGCCAACUGGGAUGGAAGUCAGUCUUCUGGUUUCUGGCUAUUCAUGGAGCUGCCUGCCUCCUUCUCAUCCUUCUGAUAUUGCCCGAGACAUUGAGAUCAAUUGCAGGCAAUGGGUCUCUGCAAGCUAAAGGCAUUGCCAAAUCGAUCCUAGGUACUUACCAGAGGAAACGGUACUUGCAAACAAAGGCAGAGCUACCCGAUUCAGAGGACCGAUCACACAAGGCGCGGGCCAUCGACUUCUUCGGACCGAUCAAGAUUCUAUUUCACUUGAAGACCUUCUCCGCCAUAAUGCUGGUUGGCAUACAUUACACGGUAUGGCAGAUGGUGCUCACUGCCCUGUCGACGCUGGUCAGUGAUAGGUAUCAUGUGACGGAAACGCAGAUAGGCCUGAUCUUCCUUGCGAAUGGGGUCGGAUCUGUCUUCGGAACUCUUCUCACCGGCAAGCUCCUUGAUUUGGAGUACCGCAAAAGUCUGAAGAAGGUUGGCGGUGAUGAACAGCUCAUCCCUAUAGAAAAGACGCGCUUGAAGACUGCCUGGAUAUGGAGUGGACUGGAGUGCGCUUCUAUUUUGAUCUUCGGCUGGACAGUGGACCAGAAUGUGCACAUCUCUGUCCCAAUUAUCAGCCUGUUUUUCCUCGGUUGGGCAGCCAUAUCCAUCCAAUGUGCGGUCUCAACAUACCUCGUGGACAUCCAUCACAGUCAAAGUGCUUCAGCAACAGCCUCGCUUAACCUUAUUCGGUGCUUGAUGGGCGCUGGCGGGACGGCAGUUGUUGGGCCGCUCAUCAGAGCGAUCAAUGUUGGAUGGGCGUUCACGUUGUUCGCCUUGAUUAUGAUCAUCUCUGGGGUCACGGUGCUCAUCCUGAUGGUCCACGUACCACGAAAUACUGCUGGACAUAGGGACGCCGAGGGAAGCAUCGAGCAAGCAACGACGCCCGAAGGUGAAGUGUGAGGACGGCAGUAGAAGUAUGACGGACACCAUGCAAGGCCAGACAGGUUGGAGGUUUUCAUAGUUCUGUCUCCAAAUCCUACAUAGAUCAGAAUUACGAGCAUAAUCAUCU